UUGGGAGGAAGUACGGUCCGUGUUAGCUUAGCCGUGUUAAUGAUGGCUAGCAAAAUGUAUUUGAUUUCCUCCUGAAAACGGAAGAUACCGCGUAUUUCAUCAAUGUGGAUGUAAUUCAAUAGCUCGGUACUAGUCAUUGCAAAGCCCCAAGGUGUUUGUGUUGGUAUUUAGUUCAGCAGCUGCAAAAGGACCUAAAUAAGACACAUUGGCAGGGUGUAAACAUCGCGUGAGAGGGAGAGAGCUACUGCUACUACAGACUAAGCUGGUCCACCAUGAAGAACAACAAGUCUUACAAGCUCGUGCUGCACAAGAAAGGUUUUGGUGGAAGUGAGGAUGAGUUGGUUGUCAACCCAAAAGUUUUCCCUCAUGUCAGUCUGAGGGAUAUCAUCGAAAUCGCACACCCUUCGGAUGAGUACAGUCCUCUGCUGCUGCAAGUGAAGAGCCUCAAAGAGGACCUUCAGAAAGAGACAAUCAGUGUGGACCAGACUGUGGCACAAGCCUUCAAGCUGCGUGCCUACCAGGAUGUCAUUGUUAACAUUGUCGAGCCAAAGGAAGUGACACUUGACCUGGUGGAGCUGACAUUUAAGGACCAGUACAUCGGCAGAGGAGACAUGUGGAGACUAAAGAAGAGUCUGGUCAGCACAUGUGCUUAUGUGACGCAGAAAGUGGAGUUUGCAGGAAUAAGAGCCCAGGCCAGUGAGCUCUGGGUGAAGGGAGAGAAGGUGACCUGUGGCUACAUCAGUGAAGAAUCCCGGGUGGUGUUCAGAUCCACGUCUGCAAUGGUGUACAUCUUCAUCCAGAUGAGUUGUGAGAUGUGGGACUUUGACAUCUAUGGUGAUCUCUACUUCGAGAAGGCUGUAAAUGGUUUCCUGUCAGACCUUUUCGCCAAGUGGAAGGAGAAGAACUGCAGUCAUGAGGUGACAGUUGUACUUUUCUCCCGUACGUUCUACAAUGCCAAAACUAUUGAUGAAUUCCCUGAGAUCCUGAGAGGGUCCAUCAGACAGGAUCAUGAGGGGCGUUUUUAUGAAGACUUUUACAGAGUGGUGGCUCAGAAUGAGAGACGGGAUGAGUGGACGUCCCUGCUGGUCACUAUCAAGAAGCUCUUCAUUCAGUACCCUGUCCUGGUGCGCCUCAAAGAAGCAGAUGGUUUUCCUGUUGGUUACAACUCAACUGCUGCUCAAGGAAACUACUUGGAGGCCAUUAACCUUUCCUUCAAUGUGUUCGACAAGCACUACAUCAACCGGAACUUUGACCGCACCGGCCAGAUGUCAGUGGUCAUCACACCUGGAGUGGGAGUGUUUGAAGUCGACCGUCUGCUCAUGAUUCUCACCAAACAGCGCAUGAUUGACAACGGUAUUGGGGUAGACUUGGUGUGCAUGGGGGAGCAGCCAUUGCAUGCAGUGCCCUUAUUCAAGCUGCACAACAGGACGGCACCUGGAGACUCUCGUGUAGGAGAUGACUAUAACCUUCCUCACUGGAUCAACCACAGCUUCUACACCUCCAAGAGUCAGAACUCCUGCAGCUCCUUCACCCCUCGAAUCAAACUGGCCGGCCGCAAGCUUCAUGCUGAGAAAUCCAAGAGCAGCAAGGAACACACUCUCUGUGCGACAAAGGAAUCUGAAAACAGCCUGCCUAUUCAGGUGGACUAUGACGCUUAUGACGCUCAGGUGUUCAGACUACCUGGUCCCUCACGAAUUCAGAGGAGCACCAACUUCAGGAUGGUUCGAGACAGAGAGACGAGUAUGAGGAAGAGCUGGGGCUCGAUGGACGUCACUGCAGGCAUAGGCGUGUCCCCUCCUGUUCGCUCCGGGGGUCCGGAGGACCAGUGCGGCCCGGCCUCUGAUGACAGUCUGGGCCCUGUGUCCAACAUGCUGCUCAUACCCCGCAUGCCUCCUGUCCAGUAUGAAGUCAGCAUCUCCCUGGGAUACACCAGCAACAGAGAGCUGUUGGAGAAGAUGAUGGACUCUCAGCGGGACUCCAGUGCCCCGGGCAGGUUCACAGUGGGAAGCGCUGAGUCCACUUUACACAUCCGCCCUGGAGGGUACACCCCUCAGAGAGCCCUCAUAAACCCCUUCACCCCAUCACGAAUGCCCAUGAAGCUCACCUCCAACCGGCGGCGGUGGAUGCACACCUUCCCUGUCGGUCCUUCUGGAGAAGCAAUCCAGAUCCACCACCAGACCAGACAGAACAUGGCCGAACUGCAGGGCAGCCAGCAGAAAGAUCCCGCCCACACCUCGGCGGAGCUGCUGGAGCUGGCCUAUCACGAGGCCACUGGAAGGCGAACAGCGUCCAGGCAUGCAGGAGAAAAUGGCCUGUGUGUUGGUGGAGGGACGGAGGAGUUUACUGCAAGUCCAGGGAGCAACAUCAGUGGAAACUUCAACAGCUCCACAUUUCAAGACGUGUCCCUCGGUGGUGCCGAUCCAACCCUGCUGCUGUCUGCACCCCCGACAGUGCCCAGCUUCUGCUGCACGGUGGGGGUGGACUGGAAGUCUCUGACCACGCCGGCCUGCCUGCCCCUCACCACCGACUACUUCCCCGACCGCCAGGCGCUGCAGAACGACUACACGGAAGGCUGCUAUGAUCUGCUGCCGCACAGCGACCUGGAAAGGCGGGAAGACGAAGCCCCCGCGAUGGGGGCGUCGCAGGUGUUCGAGGAGUUCAUCUGUCAGCGCUUGAUGCAGGGCUACCAGAUCAUCGUCCAAACCAACCACAGGAAAGCUCAGCCCACCGUGGCCCCACCGCUCGGGAGCAGUCCUCUUUACACUCGAGGUUUGGUGUCCCUGCGUCGAGCAGAGGAGGAGGAGACAGUCUACUGGCUCAGUAUGGGCCGCACUUUUCAUAAAGUUUGCCUUAAAGACAAGAUCAUCACUGUCACUCGCUACCUGCCCAAGUACCCGUACGAGUCGGCACAGAUCCACUACAGUUACAGCCUGUGUCCUCCACACUCUGAUGCCCACUUUGUGUCCUGCUGGGUGGAGUUUGGCCAUGAGAGGCUGGAGGAGUACAAGUGGAACUACCUGGACCAGUACAUCUGUUCUGCUGGCUCGGAAGACUUCAGUUUGAUCGAGUCGCUGAAGUUCUGGAGGACUCGCUUCCUCCUGCUGCCGGCCGGAGCCGCCAGGCGGGUGCCGGACGGGGAGAAGCACUGGGAUGUCUAUGGGGAGGGAGCAGGUGCCGGGGUGUGUGGCAGUGGGGACUGGGUCCUCCUCGAUGGCUUCAUCCGUUUCCUGGAGGGUCUGAACCGCAUUCGGAGACGCCAUCGCUCCGACAGGAUCAUCCGACAGAAGGGCACACCAAUGAAAGGACUGCAGGUCACCAGUCCUCUCCCCCAGUACCCCACAGAGCCUGGGGGGCCCCCACAAGGCAAAAAAGGCACUUCGGCUUUAUCGGCCUUACUGGAGAUGGAGCAGAACCAGAAGUCUCUGGAGGAGCAGCAGCAGGCGAAGCCUUCCACGGCCGUCAGUGAGCCCUCCAGCGUUACCACAGCUGCCCCCUACGUGGACAGCCCGCGCAAGGACGCUGCCUUUAUUUUGGAUUUUAUACGUAGCCCUCGCUCUUCCUACAUCUCUCACUCUCAGCCUGUGGAAGGAAGCGAGGUGGCAGAUAAAGGAGUCCAGCCCGCCGUCCCAGGGGAAGCGGCGCAGCCUGCAGGAGAGACGGCAGCCAGCAGCUCUUCAGACGGCAGUGGGCACUCUGCAGGAGCCCUGUGUCUGUCCUCCACCUCCACCUUCAUGGAGAUGCUGGAGGCCAUCAAGCAUCCUACGACAGGCGUACAGCUGCUGCCGGAGCAGAAAGGACUUCCACCCAACUGCUUCAUUAGCGCAGAGGUCGUUCAAUGGCUGGUCAACAAUGUGGAGGGCGUGGCCACACACGGGAUGGCUGUGGAUAUCAUGCAGAAGAUGCUGGAUGAAGGUGUGGUGGCCCACGCUUCUGGGGAUGCCAUGCGCACCUUUGUCUACGGGUUCUACUUCUACAGGAUUGUAGGAGAGAAGGAUGGUACUCAUGCUUGUACUUACCCGAGCUCCCAGCCCCCCCCCACCAUGGCUGGGGGCUGGUCUGCUGCGGCCCUGGAGGACUUUGCUCUGUUCCAGCGGAAGUGGUUCGAGGUGGCCUUUGUGCUGGAGGAGCGGCGACCCUGCGACCUGCCUGCCUUCCUCCUGCCGUGGCUGCCCAGCCGGCCGGCCUCCUACGCAAGUAGGCACAGCUCCUUCAGCCGCAGCUUUGGAGGACGCAGCCAAGCCGCCGCACUGCUAGCUGCCACGGUGCCGGAGCAGAAGACGGCCACUCUGGACGUGGACGUUAACAACCGCAGUGACCGGACUGAAUGGUGCAGCUGUUACUACCAUGGAAACUUCUCGCUCAACUCUGCCUUUGAGAUCAAGCUGCACUGGAUGGCCGUCACUGCUGCAGUGCUCUUUGAGAUGGUCCAAGGGUGGCACAGGAAGGCAGCGUCCUGCGGCUUCCUGCUGGUCCCUGUGCUGGAGGUCCCUUUUGCUCUGACGUCGUACCUGUACGGAGAUCCACUGAGAGCUCAGCUCUUCAUCCCCCUGAACGUCCACAGUCUGCUGAAGAACGCCGGGGACAACCUGUUCGAAGGCUUUGAACCGGAGACGUACUGGGACAGGAUGCAGCUCUUCCAGGAGGCCAUACUCUACAGAUUCGGCUUUGUGCACGACAAGUUCUCAACCUCAGCUUUUAAUUUCCCCUCCGAGAACAAGCCCCAGUACAUCCAUGUGACAGGCACCGUGUUCCUGCAGCUGCCGUACUCCAAGAGGAAGUACUCGAGCGGGCAGCAGCGCAGACGCAGAAACUCCACCACCUCCAACAGCCAGGGCCCGUACGGCGGGGAGGAGCGCGUGGGCUACUACUGGGCCUACAACACCAUGCUCACCAAGGCCUGGAGGACGGGCGUGCUGGGCGACGAGAGGCUCGCCGACCGCCUGCUCAGGGACUUCACCGACUUCUGCGCCAACAAGGACAACCGCCUGCUCCACCUGUGGGACAGCUGCCAGGAGAAGAUGAACGCCAGCGCCCCCUGACCUUUUUAUUCUUCUUCUAUCCCACUGAGGAGUCAAGGCUCUGGAUGCUUAGUGUUAAACCAAAUGUUAAAUAUCCCAUUCAUGCUGGGACAGAGGAUUCCGCUUAAAUGAUCUCGUCACUUUAUGAACAACAGACACUAGCUUUUGGGAAGCAGGGUCUGAUCCACAAGCACCUGGAGUCACAUGGUGGGAGAAAGACACUUUGGUUUGACAAAGAGAAGUCGAGGAUAUCGGUGCUCACCGCACGCUGCCUUCAUCGUUGGAAUCCCAAGAAAAUAUUUACCAGGGUGAGCUCACCAAGCUUCUACCAGACGUGUCCUACAAGUGAUGGGAUCAACGAAGCAACAGUGUUACUCAGCCAAUAAUUCAUGAACAUAAAAAAUGUUUGAUAUUCAAGCGUUUUCUUUGUUUCCUUGAGUUGGAUAAACAUUUAGUGGUAGUUAUCCUCUUUUUACUAGUUUUCUAGGUGUAAAAUGUUUUUACCUGAGAAGAAAACAGGUGCAUCGCUUCCUGAAAGAGGCCCAGUGGGAACCGAUCACAUGAUCCCCCAACACGUUGUCACGGAAACGCACGUCUUUUUAAGUCGUCCAUGUUUGUCACAUAUCUGCAACAUUCCGCUGUUCUUGUGACUAAUUCUGAUCAUUUCCUUCCUUCAGUUGUGUCUUUAUUAUAAAACCUUAUCCUGACAGUUCAA